GCCUCUUCCCAAUCCCAGGGAGGAGAGAGGGAAGGAAAGGCUCAAGGACUCUCCAGACUCCACCCGGCUGUCAAAGAGGCGGAUCGCCCGGCGUCCUCUGAGGGGGAAGCGUCGCUUUCCGGGUCCCGAAACUCCGGAGAAACCAGAACGCCCACUCUCCCGUCGGACAGGAAAUGGAACCGGAAAAGGAGAGGAGACGACUCCGAGCAGGUGGCACCAGGAAAAGUGGACAAAGUUCCAGUUCUGAGAUUUUUCUGCAUUUACAAAGCCCUGCAACUGAGAAGGCGCCGGAAAUUAUGCUGGCUGGAGAAAUACUUUGAUAGGAGGUCCCCUCAGAGGAACCAGGAGAGACUCUUUAAGUGCUCUGAGGGCGGGAUAUCCUUUGCUCACAAAUCCCUCCUUUUGAUUAACCGGAAGCUGGACAUGAGGAAUGGAUCCCAUCUGUGUUUGAAGUGUGGGAACUCAUUUCGUGGUUGUGAAGCUUUGCCAAACAUCUCCAGAGCCACCCCAGACUGAAGCCCUACAAAUGUGGAGAAUGUGGGAAGCAUUUUGCUAAAGGCUGGGACCUCAGAGCUCCUUAGCGUAUCCACCAGGGAAAGAGACUUCAGGAAGGCCUCAGUGUUUUUCCAGGCCUCAGAACAGCCCAACUGAAGAGAAACCCUGCAAUUGUGUGCAAUGUGGGCUUUGCUUUUCUCAAAACUCAGAGAUGCUUAAACAUCAACAAAUCCACACUGGACAAAAACUUUAUCAAUGUCUGGAGUGUGGGAAAUCUUUUGUUCGAAAAACAAGUCUCAAAAUCCACGGGAAAAUUCACAUGGAAAUAAAACCUUAUAAAUGCUUCGAGUGUGGAGAAUGUUUCACUCGAAGUUCAUCUCUUUGCAAACAUCAUCAAACACACACAGAGGAGGAAAGCAGAACGUGCCUAGAAUGUGGGAAAUGUUUUUCCAGCAAAUCAUCCCUGCAACGACAUCAGAAGGUCCACACUGGGAAAAGACCUCAUGAAUGCCGAAAAUGUGAGAAACGAUUUGAGACUUCUUCCACACUUCGGAGACACCUAAAGACGCACAUGGGAGAGAAACUCUAUAAAUGUGAGGUUUGUGAGAAAUGUUUUUCUCUAAAGGGUAAUCUUUUUCGACAUCAGAUAAUCCACACAGGGGAGAAACCCUAUCAGUGCAUCGAGUGUGGAAAAUUUUUUCGUACAAUAUCAAACCUCGGACAUCAUAAGAAAAUUCACAGAGGGGAAAAAAAGUACAAAUGUUUAGACUGUGGGAAAGCAUUUAUUCAUUCAAAUCACCUUAGAAGUCACUGGCAAGUCCAUAUAGGAGAGAAGCCCCAUAAAUGCUCAGAGUGCGAUAAAUGUUUUUAUCAGAAAAAUAGACUUUUGAUACAUCAGAGGACCCACAGUGGAGAGAAACCAUAUAAAUGUCCGGAGUGUGGGAAGUCUUUUUCUUGCCAAGAAUAUCUUAGAAAACACGAGACGAUUCACACAGAAAAAAAACGUAUCAGGUCUGUGCAGAAAAAUGAAAUGUGCUCAGAAUGUGGGAGAUGUUUCUCCCAAAGGUCACACCUAACUCGACAUGAGAGACUUCACACUGGAGACAGGCCCUAUCAAUGCCCAGAAUGCGACAAGCGAUUUGUGGAGUCUGCUGAACUCCGGAGACACCAGAAGGGGCACACAGGAGAGAAGCCCUAUAAAUGUGGGGAGUGUGCGAAAGGUUUCCUCACAGCAACACUGCUUCGGGUUCAUGGGAGAAUCCACACAGGGGAGAAGCCAUACAAAUGUAUGGAGUGUGGGAAAUGCUUUUCCCAAAAACAACACCUUAGACGUCAUGAAAAGGUCCAUACAAGAGUGAAGCCAUAAAGACUCAUAGAGUGUAGAAAUGUUUUGUUUAGAAGGGAAAUAUCAUAAAGCUCACAUGGGAGAAGGUGAGUUUUUCAUAGUUGUUCAACUUUUAGAAAUCAUGAAAGAAUUCCUGAAAAGGGGGGGGGGAAUGGGAAAGAUGUAUCAUAAAUGUUUGCACUGUGAUGUAUAGUUUGCCUGAAAGAAUACUCUUUUUCAGCAUCAGUGAAUUCUUACUGGCGAAAAACUUUAUCAGAGCUUAGAAUAUGGCAAGGUUUUUAAUCUGAUAAUCAGAUCUUCAGAUGUACAUGAAAAAUCCACACAGCAGAAAAACCGUGACAAGUGUGUAGUGUGAGAAACAUUUUCCUUGCCAAUUGGAAUAUCUUGCCUCUUGGAGUUUGUCCAUUUGAAAUUGGAAAUUUCCUUGGAAAUUUUCUUGCCAACGUAAAUAUUUUAUAUUUUUUUACAAAAAAUUAAUUUUAAAAUGUGAAAAUGAACGUCUAAUAUAAUAAUAAUGUUGGAAGAGACCUUGGAGGUCAUCUAGUCCAACCCCCUGCUCAGGUAGGAAAC